AUGGAAGUAGAAAAUGAAGCCCACUGUUGCCCUGGCAGCUCAUCAGGCGGGUCCAGAGAGUACAAGGUGGUAAUGCUGGGCGCAGGGGGCGUUGGUAAAAGCGCAGUGACAAUGCAGUUUAUAAGCCACCAGUUUCCAGAUUAUCAUGACCCCACGAUCGAAGAUGCUUACAAAACCCAGGUGAGGAUUGACAAUGAACCUGCUUACUUAGACAUCUUGGACACUGCCGGUCAGGCAGAGUUCACGGCCAUGCGGGAGCAGUACAUGCGUGGGGGCGAGGGCUUCAUCAUCUGCUACUCUGUCACUGACCGCCAGUCCUUCCUGGAGGCUGCCAAGUUCAAGGAGCUCAUUUUCCAGGUCCGUCGCACCUAUGAAAUUCCCCUUGUCUUGGUGGGUAACAAAAUUGACCUGGAACAAUUCCGCCAGGUCUCUACAGAAGAAGGCAAGAAUCUUGCUCGAGAAUACAACUGUGCCUUCUUUGAGACCUCUGCAGCCCUCCGAUUCGGUAUUGAUGAUGCUUUUCAAGGCUUAGUGCGAGAAAUUCGCAGGAAGGAAUCCAUGCUGUCCUCGAUGGAAAAGAAAUUAAAAAGGAAGGACAGCCUGUGGAAGAAGAUAAAAGCCUCGCUGAAGAAGAAGAGAGAAACCAUGACAUGA